AUGGCCAAUCUGAGAGAACGAUCCAGUCCUUGGAAGACUUGUAUUCUGGAUCAUCUGGGAGCUUGGGAUGAGGAUGGAGAGGCGUUGUUGACCGGACCUGAUUUAGUACAGCAAACCACCGAGAAGGUGAAACUAAUCCAGGAUAGAUUGAAAGCAUCACAAAGCCGACAAAAGUCAUAUGCUGAUAAGAGACGAAAGCCCUUAGAAUUCGCAGUAGGAGAUCACGUGUUCCUCCGAGUGACUCCUACCACGGGUGUUGAAAGAGCCCUUAGAGCUAAGAAGUUGUCUCCCAAGAAAUAUGUACCUGACCCAUCCCAUGUGCUAGAGGUUGAAGACAUUCAGGUGAGGGAAGAUCUGUCCAUGGAAGUACAACCUGUACGAGUUAAUGAGAAUCAGACGAAGUGGCGGAAUGGGAGGAAUGUCAGACUCGUCAAGGUUGUAUGGGAUGAGAGGACCAGCGAUUCUAAUUGGGAAGUAGCAGAUGAAAUGCGAAGCUCUUAUCCCCAUCUAUUUACCGAGGAGAAUGAGUUCACCUUGGAGGACGCCUUGGAGAGGAACGAAAACACUGAUGCUGCUCCUUAG